AUGCGAUGUGUAAUCCUAGUUCUAGCCGUUACAUUAUCAUGCACUACGGCUUUGCAAAGGUUCAAAUUGUACAGGUUGAAAAGUGUCCGGCAAACUUUUUAUGAGGCUGGUAUUAAUAUGAGUAAGUUGGAGACCAAAUGUUCAGGAUCGUCGAGCAAGAAGAACGUGGAGAGGCUAAAAACUGACUUCGAUAUAAGUUAUUAUGGAAUUAUUUCUAUUGGUACACCACCGCAAGAUUUUAAAGUCAAUUUCGACACUGGAUCCUCCGAUUUAUGGGUACCAUCUUUACGUUGUAACGACAAUUUAGCAUGUAAAAGACAUACUAAAUAUGAUCAUUCUAAAUCAAGUACAUAUAAGCCGAAUGGUCAAUUUUGGGACAUUACUUACCUUACAGGUAGCGUUGGCGGCAUUAAAAGUGAAGAUACUGUAGUUGUUGCUGGAAUUAAAGUUAAAAAUCAGACUUUUGGAGAAGCUGUUUCUGAAAUUGGGCCAUUUGCACGCUUAAAGUAUGAUGGAAUCUUGGGAUUAGGAUUUAAAAGAAUUUCAACUAUCAGGACCAAUCCUCUGUUUGUUAAUAUGAUACAACAAGGAGUAGUAGAAAAGCCGAUAUUUUCUUUUAACCUCACCAACAAUCGCGAUAGCAGUUUUACUGGUAACAUAGCGGAGGUCGAAGGCGAGUUAAUCUUUGGCGGUUCUGAUCCAAAAUAUUACAUUGGUCAAUUCCAUUACAUCCCAAUUUCAUUUGCUGGUCUUUGGCGGUUGAAAAUGGAAGGAGUUAAACUAGGAUCGUACGUCAAUUCUUGCCAAGACAGCUGCCAAGCAACUAUUGAUACUGGCUCAUCACUAAUUGUUGGGCCUUCAAAUGACAUUCAACAAAUUCAUAAAAUUACUAAUGCUGUAAAAUUUGAUGGAAAAUAUUUUGUGGAUUGCAGCACUGUUAGCUCGUUACCAAUUCUAGCAUUUACUUUUAAUGGGGUCGAUUAUUCACUCACGGGGGAACAAUACAUUAUAAGAGGAUCGAGUGCCUGCUUUAGUGGAUUUGGUUCCAUAGUGGGUAACCAACAUCAUUGGAUUCUUGGUAAUCCUUUCCUUCGAGUUUACUACACUGAAUUCGAUAUGGGUCAGAGACGCAUUGGUUUUGCUAAGGCAGUUUCCAAGUAG